UAGCACGCCAAACCCCCCUACCCCCUACCCCCCUCCCCUCCCUUUCGCAAUGACUUCCUCGCUCGACCAUCACGAGUCCAUCUCAGACUUUGACGACCUAGACGUCACCGACGAAAUCUCCCUCUCAGACGAAGACGACACUACCCCUACCGACUCGGCACUCGGCUUGUCCACGUCGCCAUCGACGACCAUGGCGCCCACAGCUGGCGCCGCCGCCGCCGCCGGAACACCAAAGACAAACGGCUCGAGCGCGGCGUCCAACGCUUCCAAGGUCCGCGGCCUGGCCGCGCGCUGGGAACAGAAGCCAGCGACAGGCUCAGCGGCCACGAGCACCAGCCCAUCCUCGUCAAAGUCACAGACCAGCGGUGCGGCUGCUGCUGCAAAGGCCAUCGGUUCGUCACCUACUGCUGCUUCCAGACGGCCCUCGUCCCCUCGCACCGCGCCGGGCCGCCAGUUCUCCAAUCCCAAGAUCACAACAACCAAGCCGUCAGGCCCCGGAAGCCGAAGCAGCAACGGCUCGACCACGUCCUCCCCCACCACGCCGCUCCGCUCCGUCUCGCCCAGCGCGUCGUUCAAGGCCACCGAGCUGAGAAAGGGCAAGUCGGCCCUCAAGACGUCCACGACCAGCCCAAGCGCAAGGGCCGCCAGCCUCUCGUCAUCCCCUACCGCCGUGGCGUCGACUUCGCACCCCGCCGCAACCUCACCCUCCGCGUCACCAGCAACGCUACCGGUCGCCUCUGCGAUUAUUGCACAGCCCUCGGUCACACCGGCAGCUGAGACAGACGCGCCGAUUCCAGCGGAUCUGGACGAUGCGGUCGAUGAUCACGCGUUCUCGCCCGUCACCAAAGCGACGACGAGCCUCGCCACGCCGGUGGUCAUCGAGCCAGCUGCGAUCGUUCUCACGCCGCCGGAGCCCGUUCACGCUCCCGAGCUGGAGCUCUCGCGCGCCGAGCGCGCAGACGACACCAGCGCGGCCGUGUUCACGACAGUGUCGACCGCUCAUGCUGAAACCGAGCCUGAAGCCGAGCCCGAGCCUACGGUCCGAAUUUCCCUAGACGAGGUUGCGCUCGACGAGGUGCCUGCGGAAGACACAACCCAUAGCGCGGACACGAGCACCGAUGCUGUGCCCGAGCCCGCCACACCGCCGGUUCAAGCUCUUGCCGACGACUUUGACAACGUGUCGCUGUCGGCCAACCCAUCACCGGUGCUUCCUCCUCCGCGGAAGCCUGGCGCGUCGCUCUUCAGCAGAGUGCUCCCUGACAGCUUCGCGUCUCCGUCCACGGCCACGACCAAGGAAGUGGCCAAGGACGCCGACGCGACGCCCACCAAGGACACCACAUCGAGGGAGACCUCGCCUCCAGUUGAGACUGAGGGCGUCAAGGACUCGCCUACUGCCCGGCCAAAGCUCCAGAACAAGAACUCUGGGAGCGGCAAGAGCUCGUUCUUCUCCUCAGCAACCUCGGCGUUCAACAACUUCAGUCUGCCGAUUCCAUCUGCGGCGCGCAGCCACACCGCGGAGCCCACACCUCCUCCUGAGCAGCAGCACACUCCCCAGGCUGUCUCAUCCGCAACACUCACGCCCACGGCGUCCCCAGUGCCCGUGUCCAGCUGGCGGACGACAAUGUCGGCGACCGUCUCCAACCUCCUCUCGUCAACCCGCUCCACGACCUCGCCUCCCCCUGUGCCGACCAGUCCGUCACCUGGGCCCUCGCGCAACGCCUCCACCGCUUUCAUCCUCAACCGCGUCGACUCGGCCACCGCCUCGCGCGACCGCAACGUCGCCCGCCUCUCUGGCGGCAGCGUCAAGCUCCGCGAGGGCUUUGAGCGCGUUCGUGGCGAGAUGGCAGGCGCCGCCCGUGAGAUUCGCCGCGAGCAUGCCGCAUCGGGAGCCAUCGAGGACACCUCGGCACCCAACGUCGACUGGGUGUUCUGGGGCGCCGUCGUCCAGGACUACGAGGAGGUCGCGCGGACCCGGCCCAAGGACCUCUCUCGUGCCAUCCAGCAGGGCAUCCCGCCCGUCAUCCGCGGCCCGAUCUGGCAACUCAUGAGCUCGUCCAAGAGCAGCGAGCUCGAGGAGACGUACAAGUCGCUUCUCAAGCUCACGUCGCCCUAUGAGAAGGCCAUCCACAAGGAUUUAUCGCGCACUUUCCCGCAGCACAAGUUCUUCCAGAACGCCGGCACCGGGCAGGAGUCGCUCUUCAUGGUCGUCAAGGCCUACUCGCUCUACGACCGCGAGGUGGGCUACACCCAGGGCCUGGCGUUCAUCGUCGCGGCACUCCUCCUUAAUAUGCCGGACGAAGAGGCCUUCUGCGUCCUCGUUCGCCUCAUGGACUCGUACAACCUGCGCUCUCACUACCUCGCCGACAUGCCCGGCCUCCAGCUGCGCCUCUACCAGUUUGACCGCCUCGUCGAAGACACGCUCCCGCUGCUUCACAGCCACCUCAUGCGCAAGGGCAUCAAGAGCUCGAUGUACGCGUCGCAGUGGUUCAUGACCCUGUUCUCGUACCGCUUCCCGCUCUCCCUGGUGUACAGAGUCCUGGACAUUGUCCUCGCCGAGGGAAUCGAGGCCGUGUUCCGCUUCGCCCUCGCGAUCCUCCGCAAGUCGGAGGACGGUCUGCUGCAGCUCGAGUUCGAGCACAUCCUCCAGUUCCUCCAGGGCGACAUCUUCGAGACGUACCGAGCGUCCGCCACCCCGACUGGCACCGGGCCUGACGCUGACUCCGCUCAACCUGGCGCUCACCCGGCUCCCCAGCCUGAAGGCGAGGACCAGUGGAGGACUAACGACUUUGUGCGGGACGCGUACGAGAUUCACAUUACGCCUCUCAUGCUCGACCAGUACGAAUCAGAGUGGGAGGAGAAGCUCCGCGCGCAGAACGCGCACAUACGUGAGGUGGAACAGCUCCGCCAGGCCAACCGCCAUCUGAGUCAACAUGUCAAAUCCCUGGAAGGAUCCCUGGCGACGAUGAACAAUGAGCACGUCGAGCUCGUUCGGCAGCUCGUCCUGGCCAAGAUCGCCAAGGAGGACAUGGAAAACGAGCUCGUGCGCUACAAGUCGCUGUACGCGCAGUUAGCAGGCAACCGCGAGGACGGCGAUCUGGGCAGCAACCCAAGCGUGACAAGCCUGGCUGGGUACAGCACGUUCAGCGGUGGGGCGAGGGGGAGCAAGGCAGGUGACACGGAGCAAAGGUCUCGUCGAGCGAGUGCCAACGUUGGUUCAGAGUAGUAUAACCCUUCCAAGCUUGAACAUAUCGACCCCGCCGUCCAGCCCGUUCGACUUCUUGCCCUCGGGCAUCUGGCGCCGGCUGGGCAGCGGACAAGUCUGAAAGAGGCCCAACACUCACAACCGCCGCGGCGCAGGCGCCGCACACGCGUAGAUUACCAUAAUACAUCAUGCAUGUCCAUGUGGACACAUUACACAGG